UUUUAAAUAAAAGAAACUAAAUUUUUACAAAAAAAAAUUGAUUUUGGAAAAACUCUGUUUGAUAUCUCUAAUUCAUAGAUGUUUUUUUUCUAAAUUCCUAUUCCACUAUUUUUAUUUGCUUAUUAAUUUACCAUUUGUCAUAAAAACAAAAACAAAAUAACAGGUUUUUUUUAAACAAUUGAAAAUGUUGUGUUUGCAACACUGGCAAUUUGUUCCGUCAUCGGCCGCUGCGACUCGACAGAACUUCUCGUCGCUUUGUUGUUUCGAGCCUAACUAUGUCGAAAAGAGGACGUGGUGGUUCCGCAGGAGCCAAGUUCCGUAUUUCGCUCGGUCUGCCCGUCGGGGCCGUCAUCAAUUGCGCUGACAACACGGGAGCAAAGAACCUGUAUGUCAUCGCCGUUCAAGGCAUCAAAGGAAGGCUGAACAGGCUUCCUGCCGCCGGUUCUGGAGAUAUGAUCGUAGCCACGGUCAAAAAAGGAAAACCAGAACUCAGGAAAAAGGUAAUGCCUGCGGUGGUGAUAAGACAGAGAAAACCGUUUAGGAGGAAGGAUGGUGUUUUUAUAUAUUUUGAAGACAAUGCAGGGGUAAUAGUUAACAACAAAGGGGAAAUGAAAGGCAGUGCUAUAACAGGACCUGUUGCUAAAGAAUGUGCUGAUCUCUGGCCAAGGAUUGCAUCUAACGCUAGUAGCAUAGCCUAACCUUUGUACAAAUGUUUUAAAUAAAUAAAAAAAACUAUUUCCCAG